UUGACGGGAAAUUUACGUUGAUUUAAUAAUAAAUGCAUUUACCUACAUAAAUAUAAAAUUGUGUAAUGGUCAGUAGGAUAGGAAUAAAUGGUUUCGGCCGUAUUGGCAGGGUAAUAUUUCGUACUUGCUUUCAGAAACCAGAUAUACAAGUAGUUGCAAUAAAUGAUCCGGCUAUUGAUAUUGAAUACAUUUGCUAUCUAAUUAAAUUUGAUUCGACACAUGGCAAGUUCAAAGGAAAUGUUUCAUUUAACGACAAUGAAAUACACAUCGAUGAUAAAGUGAUAAAGGUUUUCCGAGAAAAACUGCCUGCAAAUAUUCCCUGGAACACUGUAGGGGUGCGUUAUGUCGUGGAAGCCUCUGGAAUGUUCACGUGUCUCGAAAAAGCUUCGGGACAUUUAUCGAGCGGUGGCGUAUACAGGGUGUUCGUAACGGCACCUAGUGUGGAUAUACCUAUGUUUAUAGUUGGAGUAAACGAUCACAUGAUUGGGGAAGAUAUAAAAGUGAUUUCUUGCGCUUCAAGCACUCUGUACUGCUUGGCACCCAUAAUGAAGAUACUGGAAGAAAACUAUGGAAUAUCUGAAGGCUUCAUAACGAGCAUUCAUUCUAUGACUCCAUCCUUGAAACCUCUCGACGGACUCUGUUUAAAAGGGAAGCACUGGCGCGAUCACAGAAGCAUUCACCAGAACAUAAUACCAGCAGUAACGGGAGCUUGUAAAGCUCUCGGAAGAAUAGUACCCAGCGUUAAAGACAAGCUGUCUGGUGUUGCAUUCCGAGUGCCCAUCGUUAACGUCUCCGUCCUUGAUAUAUCAAUCAGAUUAAUGCAGAACACAACAUUGAAGGAAAUUGUAAAUACUAUUGAAAAUCACAGCGUUCUGAGAAAGUUGAUAAAAACUUGUGAUGAAGAGGCUGUCUCUUCGGACUUUCUCGGCGAGGAACAUUCCUGCAUUAUUGACAUAAACUCAAGUAUACAGCUAAAGCCCAACUUCUAUAAACUUAUUUGUUGGUAUGAAAAUGAAUUCUCUUAUGCGUGUCGUGUUAUUGAUGCCAUAAUGUUUUCUGAUAAACAGUUAAGGUACAAUCUCAAGUCGCUAAUUGCAAGAUUUCAGCCAAUUAAUGCUCCGUCAGAAGCUUUUCCAACAGGAAAAUGUAGUUGUGGUUUAAACCCUAAAAUGUUCUCUAACACCGUUCAAAAUAUUGGGUUAAAAAACAUAUACCAGACGCAGAAGGCUGAUAAAAAAUGUACUACUUUGUCAACGGAACAAUUGCCCCUAAGGAAUUUAAAAAAAACUAAUGAAGUUCUUAAAAAAUGGAACGAGAAUAACAAAAAUGGAACAUGUCACAACGAAAAUCCACUGCUUCACAAUUUAAUUUCUUGUGAACUUAACCAUUUGCAAAGUACACACUAUAUGAAAAGUCAAGAACGUCUGCAAAAGGUAAAAGAAAAAUUUAAUAGAAUGUUGAAUAUGACUGAGGAUCUACUGAAGCAAUCAACGUCUAGGAAAAGUGUAAAUGUGGGCGAAACUACCACGCAUAAAAAGGCAAUAAUUGACAAUGAUUGCAAUAGCAUCAAUUUAAAAAAUGAAGGAAUACAGAAAACUAAUCCUAUGAGUGGUGAUUGCAAUACUGAUGAUAUGCACGAAUUAAAUAUUUCUAAUAGUAUAAAAGAUAAAAAUGACAUAGAAAGCGAUAUUUUUGGAGCUGCAACUGGAGAUUCCAUAGUAAUUGAAAAGGACAAUGAUGCAGAUAUACGGAGUCAAUCAAUGCAUGAAUCAUUGGUCAUUAAAUCAAGUGAAUGCAAAAAUUCAACUAACCAAUUUGAUAAAUUGGCCAUUAGUGGUGAAAUUCUUGGCGACUUAUCAAUAUCUAACGUAGCACAAGAUAUUUCAGUAACCGAUACCAUACGGUACGGGUUAGAUGAAAGCAAUACAACAUCUAAAUGCACAGAGAGUCCUAGUAGCGCUGGCAAUAAAGAAUCACUAUUAAAAAUAGAUAUGGUCAAUGUAUUAACACAAUCUGAACCAAAUGUCAAUUCGAUUGCGCGAUAUCAAUACAGUGUAACAGAAUGCAGUUUGAAUAAUGAAAAUCUUCCGAGUUCGUAUUCAUCCAAAUAUUAUUUAGAAAAUACUGAAUCAACUAACAAUGACAUUGGUUUAAUUACCAAUACUAGCUAUGACUUGAAAGCAUUUACACAAGCAAGAAAUUCUGGUGUUGAAAAAAGACUUGACAAGGCAGUAGUUGAAAGUACAACUUCCGUAGAAAGCUCUACUUUUAAGAGUCUAGAGAAAGAAAUGAAGAACAGCAUUACAUCAAAGAGGCAUUCACAAGAUAUUUACGAUAAACUGGACAGUGCAAGUGUAAGCGGUUCCGAGACAUCAUUUGAUAUGAAUGGGAGAAAGUCGCAAGUUAUAAACAUUAACGAUUUAACGAAUUCAUUAGAAGAUUUGUCGCGUCUAGAUAAAAUUUGCAAGAUCAUGGAGAUUUCCGAUGAAUUGUCCGAUAAACUAUUUUCGGCUUUGAAAAAUUCUACAUCAACCGAUGGUGGUAAGAAAAAGUGGUCUUUUAAAGAUUUGUGUGAACGAAUUAAUUUGGAUGAGUUUUGUAACAAUGUGUUUGGUAAAUAACAAAUAAAUUCCUUGUCAAUGUA